AUGCCGUCCCUAUCGACCCAGUCGAGCGUCAAGCCGGAUGCUUCCACGGAGGACUUGACCAAGUCGGAGGAGGACCCUCAGUCCGGUCUGUUUCAACAGGUGUACGAUUGGCUGCAGCACGAGAAAGCAAGACGGAAGACCCGCAAAGCGCGCAAAUCAGCCGAGCUAGGCGUGCAAGAGGAUGCUCCUGCAGAUGUCGAUGGCCCGGUAGAGGGGUCCAACCAUGUGCCUUCGGAAAGCUCUUUCUCCCUGGAAAAACUGGAGAAAAUUCUUGUGCAGUAUGGCAACUCGCGGUAUGGAACCGCUGUGGGCCACGUUCAGUCCGCUCGGCGGUCAUACCGUCGCCGUCACAAGGGUUUGCGAAGAGGGUCGGCGUCGGAGUCUGAUACUACCGAUGUUGAGGCCGCCGUCCCUAGUGUGGAUGCGGCUCUCGACAAUUCAAAGACCCUCACCUACACUGGUGGCACUGCAGCAGAGGAAGACGAUGCUGCAAGUGAGAAACCCGCCGCGGACCGAGAAGCUUGGGUCACUUUCAAGACCGAGAUCGUUCGCCUUGCGCAUACGCUGCAGCUUAAAGGAUGGCGUAAAGUCUCCAUGGACGCUGCGGCGGAGAUUGAAGUGAUCCGGCUUAGUGGCGCUCUGACGAACGCCGUGUACGUGGUCCAUCCACCGAAACUUGUCCCUGCCCCAAGGUCCGAGAAUGGAUCUGCGGCGCUGGCUCCGAGGAAACCUCCGCCGAAGCUGCUCCUGCGCGUGUAUGGUCCUCAGGUUGAUCACCUCAUUGAUCGAGAGCAGGAACUACAGAUUCUGCGCCGACUUGGGCGCAAGAAUAUUGGCCCUCGUGUGCUGGGGACUUUCAUCAACGGCCGAUUUGAAGAGUACUUCGAAGCUCGCCCGCUGACCCCGCGGGAACUGCGUAUUCCUGAAACGGCCAAGCAGAUCGCCAAGCGCAUGAGAGAGCUGCAUGAUGGCAUCAAGCUUCUUCCGGAGGAAAGAGAAGGCGGCCCCAUGAUCUUCAAGAACUGGGAUAAGUGGGUGGAUCGCUGCGAACAGGUCACCACGUGGCUAGACAAGGAGAUCAUGUCUUCGCACAAUGAGGCCAAAGCCGCUUUGGAACCGUGGCGUCGGCGCGGCUUCGUGUGCGGCGUGCCCUGGGCGGUGUUCCGCAAAGCCGUGGAUAGCUAUCGGAUUUGGUUGAUUGCCAGCUGCGGCGGAAUCGAAGAAAUCAAGCAGCAGCUGGUGUUUGCCCACAAUGAUACCCAAUAUGGCAACCUUCUUCGCUUGGAGCCUGCCACGGAGUCGCCGCUGCUCUUACCGGCCAAUGAGCAUAAACAACUCGUCGUCAUCGACUUCGAAUACUCAUCCGCUAAUACGCCCACUCUCGAAUUUGCGAAUCACUUCACUGAAUGGUGCUACAAUUACCACGACGAGGAACGGUCGUGGGCCUGCAGCAACCGCAUGUAUCCCACGCCGGAGGAGCAGUACCGAUUUGUAUCGGCCUAUCUUACCCAUCGUCCCGCUAUUCCCGGCUCCCCAUUGGGGACUCCAUCUAUUCGCGCGCGUACCGCCACGAACAUCACACCGCUUUCUCUCGACGAGGGGCCUGACGGACUCGGCGCGCAGCAACUGCACGCAGAGUUUUCAACCCAGGAUGAAUUGGAUGCAGAGGUGCGACAUCUCCUGCACUUCACCCGUCUGUGGCGCGUGAUGAACUCCGCGCAGUGGGUGGCCUGGGGUAUUGUCCAGGCCAAAGCGCCGGGUAUGGAGGAAGGCAUCGCCGAAAUGGCGGCGGCUGAAUCAGACGCGCACGACGCACACAAUAGCCACGCGAAUGGCGAUGACCACGAAAAUGGCGCCAAGACGCCCGCCGUGGAUGGGGAUGUCGACGAGGAAGAAGAGUUUGAUUAUCUUGCCUACGCGCAGGACCGCGCCAUGUUCUUCUGGUCUGAUAUGCUGGCGCUGGGCCUUGUCAAUAAGGAGGAGCUUCCUGCACCGAUGAUUGAACAUAUCAAAUCGCGGAUGCUGGACUAUUGA